AUGUGGAGGUUGCAAAUUGUACUGGUGCCGCCAAGUGCCCAGGAUAUCAUCACAUUUCUCGACACAAGCUUGACUAUAAGCGAUACCUCACAGUUAGCAUUUCCUAUGCUUCAGUGUAAUGAAGGUACAAUUAUGCACAACAACAGUAACAAUAACUGUAACAAGUCCUCUUCUACGAGCCUGUCUUCGCGCAAAUCUAUUCAACCAAAUCAUGAUAGUGAUUUUAUUAAUUACCUCCCGAAUUGUAAAAAAUUUCUACAUUUUACAAAUGGUAACAAUACCCUUCUACAGCUUUCCAAUGAAAUUUUAACUAAAUUUGAUAGACUUUAUCCAAACUUCAACGAACCAAUUGAAAUCGUAUCUCUACGAGAUAGACACGGUUGUGAUUUGGAUUCUGAAUUUUCAAUAAAAGAUGUAUUUGAAAGUGAUGGUGUUGUUUUGGUAAUUUUAAAAGAUGAAUUAGACUGGAGUAGAUAUCAACAUAUUUCGCUUUUACAAUUGGCAAAACAGCGAAAACGGCAGAACAAGUCGUCCACAAAAUCCAUGAUUUCUGAAAAAAAGAAAAAAGUCUCUAGGGAAGGCUUAUCGUCUACACAAAAUAAAGAUACGCUACAUCUGAUAGCUAAAAGCUCGCUCAAAAAGAACUUUGUUAAUAAGUCGAGAGUGUCAACGCCGCUAAUGAAUGAAAUUCUACCGCUUGCAAACAAGUAUGAGGCACUGAAUAAAGAAAAGGGUUCUGUGCCACUACUUCCGACAGUAAUUGUAUCGAAUGUACAUAAGCAUUUACAAGAUCACUGCCAUGCUAACAAAGGAGCUGCAGUACAUGAGAGUGACAACAAUAAAGAAAAUAUACCUUCAUCCAUUGAGCAACAGAAAAAUGAUGGCGUUAAGAUGCACGAAUCAAAUGGCCCAAAUGACCUACACAAUACAUCAGAAGACCCUAAUUAUGAACCUGCAGAUGAAAAUUCUCCGCAAAUUUCGUAUGAUUCGAUUGAUACCGAUUUUCAAUUAAGCACUACUUCUUCUACAAAUUCUGAUAUGCAUAUACAAGAUUUAAAGACCUCUAGCGCAGCUCAUAGCCCCAGGAAGAGUUCUUUAGAGAUUAAAGUUCAAAAUAAAAAAAGAGACGAUCUGCCGCUGAACGACAAAGAUAUAGGUGAAAAUUAUAGAAGGAUAGAAACAUUUUCAGACGAAGAGGAUUUCAACGACACCGAUAAUGAUCAUGCGGAUUCGUUUGUCAAUAAAUCCAAGAGGGCUUCCGCAGGUUUCCGGGAUAUCAAUUCCGACUUAGAUAGCGUUUCGUUCAACAGUGAUAUUGAAGACGCAGUACAGAGUACUCAGAGUACUAAAAAUCCUAUUUCUCCUUCCUUUUUUUCUGAGAAAAAAUUGAAUAAUCGUUUACAUCAAGGUCAAGGUAAGGAGGCCCUAUUUCGACUUGUUGAGAACGAAUUUCCUGAUAAAUCAUUGAGUGAUGCCUCUUCUAUUUCGCAUGCGAAAGACGUAAAAAUACAAGAAACUAUACGAAAACUAAAUAGGUUUAAACCAAUUGAAGAAUCUAAGACCCAAAGAAGUAGCAAUGUUGCGGAACCAGGUUAUGGAAAAUUUGAAACAAUGAAGAAAGAUAAACCCAAACCCAUAAAUUCAGAAGGCGUAGGUCUGGACACUAAGCAUUCUAAUGAUCCCAAUGGUAUUGUUUCCGGUACGAAAUCUGCAAAAUUUGGUAAAAUUAAAGUAAAACGAAAGACUGAUGACGCCGAAUCGAAAGUAAUAGAGUUUAAAAGGAAAAGAAACAUGGGGAAUAAAUCCUUGAAGGAUAUUUUUGCCAACGCUGGGAAAACAUCAAACGCAGCUUCGAGCAUAAAAGUAGUCAAACUAACGAGAGAUCUUGUUGAUGAUUCUAAAGACAACGCGGAGAAAAUUUUUAAUAGAAUGGCACAGACACAAAUCUCACCUAAGGUGCCAGUUAAGGAAUCAACUCCUGAAGAAAAAAAAAGUGGCCAAGCAAUACCAUCCAGCUUCGAAAGAACGCCACAAUUCAAGAAGGUUAAGGUUACAAGGUCGCAUUCUUCGUUUUCUUCAUCUUCCUCCGUUUCACUUGAAUCUUUAUUGGAGAGCUCUUCCUCAGAUGAUUCGGAUGAUGAUUCAGGUUCGAGGAAUGUGCAAAUUAAAAAAAUUAACUUUAGUACAAGGAAUGGACCGGCCCGAGAUUCCAGUGAACAACUAAUGCUAGAUGUAGAUGGGAAUGAAGUGAACGCAAAGAAAUACCAAACGCCUAAAUAUGUUGAGAGUGAUGAAGAUGACGAGUAA